UCUAUUCGUCCACCACCAUAGGUAGGUCAAAUCCCAAUUAUGCAAUCCACAAAACCCUCCUCCUCCUCCUCCGGCGCCGGCGCCGGCACCGUCGCUACAACUCCCUCCGUCUACACAACCAUUCCCAUCUCCGGAUCCGACGUCAUUUCCAGGUCUUUCCAAAACCUAUCCAACUUCCUAUCCUCCCGCCGUCCAUGGCCAGAAUUCAUCGCAUCAGGAAUAUUCAACUUCCCCGAUUCUCUCUCCUCCGCCGCCGCCCGAUUACGACAAAACUCAUCAUACUUCAGCAUCAACUACGGAAUCCUCAUAACAAUCUGCACCGCCUCUUCUUUAAUCGGUUCUCCAAUUGCACUUAUCGUCUAUGCCAUGAUCUUUACCUUAUGGAUGGUCCUGUAUUUCUUUCGAGAAGAUCCGAUGGUGGUUUGGGGUCGUCACGUUAGCGAUCUGAUCUUGAUUGGCUGCUUGAUUCUGGUAACUGCUAUCAGUGUAUUGUUUACUGGUAAGGUGAAGACUUUGUUGAUUGGUGUAUUUGUUGGGAUUGUUGCGUCGGCGAUUCAUGGAGUUUUGAGAAAUCCGGAGGGAUUGUAUUUGGAUGAACAUGAUGCUGCUUGGAAUGGUUUGAUUGGUUCUCCUGAAAGUUCUACAAACAUUCGCCCUCUUUUAAGGAAUCAAUUGAAUUAGGUUUGUUAUCUUGAUUGUAGACAAUGAUUUUACUAGGGAAUUUGUGAGAUUUGAUUUGAUUUGAUUUCUGUAUGCUUUUUUCUGUGUUUUUUGAAUUAGGGUUCAUAGUGUGUGUGCUUUAGAACCUUUUGUGUACAGUUUGGGAAUGGUCUUUUAAUCAAUCAAAGAGCUUAAAGUGUGGAUUCUUAAC